GUACGGCGCGCGCGUACCGUGCGGCAACCCCGGCACCGCAUCAUCUCUCCAGCCAGUUCGCUGUCGUACCCCGGCCGACCCCUCGUUCCUAAUUCAAAUUCGAUUACUUUUAAAUUUUGGCGUGUAACAAAAAUAUUUGUUUUUUUUUUUUUAACAAAAAGUUACUAAUCAAUAAUUGUUGCAAUAAGUAACUAAAUUCGCGAUUUACUACUUCUAUCCUAUAUAGCAAUAAAGGAAAGUAAUAUUUAGGAUAAACGCGGUGCGGCUGCCUUUGGCAGCGAAAUAACGUCAGACUGGCAUUCUGGCAGUUAUUAUUAUUAGACGUCCAAGAUCCCGCGCAAGAGCAAAAGGAAAGUUCGAAUCAACCAACAGAAAGAAGAAUGAACGAAAUAGAUUUAAUAAGAGAAGUUGAAAAGAGACCUAUUUUGUACGAUAAGUUCGUUGUUGGAUUUAAUAAAACUAAACUUAGAGACGAUGCUUGGAAGGAAGUACAAGACUCUCUGAAUGUUUCAGAGACGGAAUGCAAGAAGCGUUGGCGAUCACUCCGCGACUCCUUUAUAAAGCUGCAGCGCACGCAUGGGGGCCGCACGAGGUGGCCCUACCACCAGGCCAUGAAGUUCCUGCUGCCUCAUGUGGAACCUAAAGCUGAAAUUGGGUCAUCAAAAAACAGGCGACACGAGAAAGAUAAAGAGCAAGAGAAAGAAGAAGAUUCGGACGCGGAAGAAGAACUGAUGCGCCAGCGGGCGAUACAAGCUUUACCAGACAUCUCAUUCACAGACAAAUUCGAUGACGACAAAUUCGACGAGGACUCCGCGCCGUCGCCGAAGAAAGCCCGUCUCAACUCCACUGACGAGGAAGGCCCUUGCAGUCUAUGCAAGGAGAGGACAGACCCGGAUGAGUUGUUCCUGCUCAGUUGCGCGCCGAUUUUGAAACGGGUUAACGCGAAACAAAACGCGAGAGCGCGCCUCAAGAUUCAACAGGUUCUGUACGAAGCGGAGUUCGGCUCACAGAUGGGUAUACCGUUCGAUGACGAAUGUGACUUCGAAGGCAUAGAAACGACUGAGGACUAAAAUAACAAUCUGGAAACAA